AUGCUUGGCUGGAUGCUGGGGCGCGGGGACAACGCGCCGGACGCGGUCGACGGCGAUACGACGCUUCUCGAUCAGCCAGACACUCCCGCUCCCGUCUUUGCAGCCAGAUCCCUAAAGAGCGCGCUCUUUGGCACCCCUAUUCGAGAUGCACAGCGAUCGUCGCGGGACCGGAAAGCAGCAAAGUCAGCAGCGGUAGCGGCAGAUCAUGGACUGGACACUCCAUUGAAGCCACCGCCGCAGGGCAUCUUACUGACGCCUGGUACGGGAACGUCGAGACCGAAACGCGUGUCAUUCAACCAUGAGCUCGCUACGACCAAGACUAUUUCGCCGAAUAACGAUGGAGCUCCAGUCGGCAAGAGGACUCGCCUCUCCGACGUGCUUGAAAAAGCGAGGCGCAAAAGCACCACCAAUGUAUCCAAAACGAUCACGCCCCAUAUUGUCAAGGACGAGUCGGAGGAGGAGGACUGGGAGGAGGAGGAGCAUGAUGACCUUGGCGAUUACGGCGCCAAUGAUGUAACUCUGGACCUGAACGAGCCACGGUCUCAGUCUGGCAUAUAUUGGAAAGAGGAGUUUGAGAAAUACCACAAAGAGGCACGAGCGGAGAUGGAGAAGCUUCUGAAAUACAAGAAACAUCUCAAGUCCUACGCGGAAGAGAAGGACUUGGAAGCUAUUCAUCUGGCCCAGAAGCUCAAGGAGGAACAGGAAAAGGUCGCCGCCAUGGAGAAGAGGCUUGCGGAGAGCGCAGCUCAGACGGCAUCGAAACGGCAAGGCGAAACAUCCGAAAUUCCGACAACUCUCUCAGACCCGAAUGCCCUGGUGGCCCAACUCCGACGUAGGAUCCGAGAAUUGGAGGCAGGGGUGCCUGAAGAGCUGGAGGACGACGACGAAUUACGAGAGUGGAGGCGGCUACAAGGGACGACAUCGCCCAACACAGCAAGAACUCUGCUCGAAACACAGCGAGAACUGCGACGAUCUCGAGCGCAGUUGAAGGAGCUGGACGCCUUGCGAGGCCAGGUUUCCUCUCUCAAGGCUCAGCUGAAGGUUGCCGAAAAACGCAAGGCUACGGAUCAUGUAGCCAAUGAUGAUGUUUCCGAUACGGCAAAGAUGAGGGAGCUUAAAGCGCAGUUGCGGCUGGCAAAGGAAGAAUCGGCGAGGAAGGACGCCGAAUUCGCGCAGCUGAAAGAAGACUUUGAACUCUUCCGAAAGGAGAGCAGUGCUCACGAAGCUGAUACAAAGGCCGUGCUUGAACGUGCUCAAACCAAAAUUUCGGAUCUGAAAAAGGAGCUCAAGACGUUGAAGAACAGGGACACUGCUGAUGAAGCUCGGUCAAGAGGCCGGAACCACACAUCAGGGAGCAGCAAGGUGCCAAGGGAAAGUGAGGACGAGGAUAUUCUACCAAGGCUGCCUGCGGCGGCAAACGGUACGCGAAGGAGCAUCGACGUGGCCGAUCUUGAGCGGCCCCGGCAUCUGCUGGAAGGGGGCAACUUGAAGUCUCGGACGCUACGGGACAAGUACCAGAACGAUGGUGCACCAGGUCAGUCCCGAGCAACGACAAAGUCGAGGGCCGCACCCGAAGCCUCGAGCAGCCGACCCAACACUGAGAAAUCGAAAUGGCCAUCUUUUGCGCCCAAGCAGCCCAGAGAUCGAGCCUCUGUCAGCGAGGCCGCGAAUAUGGUCUCGGGAGACGACGAUACUGCUCCCCUCCCCAGUAUAUCAACCGUCGCAAAAUCCGCAGCUCAGGCCAGGAAAUCGGCUUCGAUGGAGGACGAUACGGACGUCCAGAUCGACCUUUUGCAGGAUCGCUUUGCCCGGCUAGGCGGCCCCGACACAGCUCAGGACAAGCUGAAGGACGUAUCCAAGGCGAACAACAUGAAGGGAUUGUUGCCGCCUGAGCGACGGGCGGCUGCCCUGGCUCGGAUCGAGAAGAGGAUGGCCGAGAAGAGAGCCAAGCGACGAGAUGGACUGGACAAGGAGAACGUCAGGCCGUGA